UAAUUACCCUAGCUGACCAAAGACACAUCAGACCUGGCAAACUGCAGCCUAACAAAUUUGCAAACAGGUGGUGAAAAUAUGAUUUGGUUCUUUUUAAAUUGUUCUUUCCUAUUUGCUUCCCAUAAAAUGCUGCUUUUUUGAAAGGUCACUUUAGUUUUCUUUAGGAAAAGGAGCCUCCAUCUCCCAAAUCCUCAGUUGAUGCCCUUCCCUAGAAGUCUUUCCAUUAAUUGAGUUGGCCUGAAGGUCAUAAACCACAAUCAAUAUGGAGGCUGGUUGCUGCAAGGUGCUAAUUGACAUCCCCAAAGAGGAAUAGUGUCAACAAUCAAUAGAGAAGACAGAGCACUGGUAGAUUUAUGGCUUUGAUUUUGAAAAGGUAUGGGAAUGCCCAGUGAUGUUUUCCCCGUACUCCUUUUGAAUGUUAAUGCUUUCUUGAAGAUGAUUUCAGACACACUGCUAGGAUACUGCCUCUACUCACUGAAGCAGAAUCCUCUGAAGAGUUGCUGAGGCAGAACUGAAAUCAUGGCUCGCCUCAAAGAAGCAGCUGUAUUGGCCGCUAAUGAUGCCUCACACAGAAAGACGAUGCUCCUUUAACUCGGGGUUUUAAUGGGAAGUUUCUAAGCCUGAAACAACAGCUUCGGAUCUGGGUUGUGCCAUCAGCUGCUCGCAGCUACCACUGUCUUAUGCUUUAACACGGCUUGUUCGGGAAGAAUGGAAACUAAAGAGGCUUCUAACUACCUGUAACUGUUCCACCAGGAAAUGGAUCAAGUGUUUGUUCAGCCAGAUCCAGGUUUUCUUGGUCCAGUAUUAAAAUUAGACUUUAUUUUCUGAGCACACACAAAUGGACCCAGCCAAGGGAAGACACAGAUGCACUGCGUGAUGGGCAAAGCCAGUCAAGAUUAAAAUACUGCCACACCUCAGCCUCGCCAGAGUGCAGCCACCAUGAUCUCAGCAGACUGAUGAUGGAAGAGAAGGGAACCAGGAGAUCCUGUGCUUGGCUUUCUGUGGACAAUGGAUGGAGGGCAGCCCAUCCCCUCGCCCCUAGUGCCCCUUGGGAACGUGUCAUCAGAAUCUAGCAUGUCUCUGGAGCAGAAAACAACAUUUGUUUUUGUGAUUUUAUUGUUUAUUUUCUUGGGCAUCCUCAUUGUCAGGUGCUUCCGGAUUCUUCUGGACCCAUAUCGGAGCAUGCCGACCUCUACCUGGGCUGAUGGACUUGAAGGCCUGGAGAAAGGGCAGUUUGACCAUGCCCUUGCUUAGCAGGGGCAGAGCAAGAUCUUCUCCUGAGAAGAAGAAGAGGUGAAGUGCUUCAUAUCUGCGCAAAGAUUCCCUUUAGUCAAUGUUCUGAACAAAUUUUAACAAUAUCUUAUCCUAGGACCACCACUCAUUAUUUCAUAAGCAUGCCAUUGAGUUAGUCUUAUUUGAAGAUAUUGGAAAUGAAAGUUUGUAUUGAUAACCAAAAAUAGGAAUGUUUAAAUAUCUGUGUUUUAUUCAAUGAAUGUAUAUUGUUGAAUGCAAUUGUGAAACCCAGGGCACCAAUACUGAUAUAGACUGCUAUGAAAUAAAGCCCUACUGAGCUGAACAGAGAGGAAAACUAGAGAGGUUCUGUUAGGAACCUGGUUACAGGGCCAGGAAGAGACUGCCUUGCUGUAAUCAUGCCUCUCAGUUUCUUACUUCAUGGGCAUCUGGGUCCUGUGCAGAGGGAGGAAGACACUGAUGAGAGGACCCCAGUUGGGUAUUUGUUUCCUUCUAGAGUACAGCCUUGGGAAGCCACGGGAUGCUCAAGCCAAGAGAUGGUACUGUCCUUGCAAAAUAUGAGUGAGAAUGAUAGCACUUUAUUUUUCAAAUAAAACUGAAUUCAUAAGCUAUAGAGUUUCAAACAAUAUUUACCAAAGUAUGUUCUCUAUUCAUAUUAAUAACAUGUGAAGCUAUACAUAAGACGAAUUUCCUUUCUUUACACUGAUGAUUGAAUUAAUAGGUUGCAAGUGCUGCUUCAAGUUUUUUUCCCUUAAUUAAAAGCUAAUUAUUUAGAGAAAAACAUUUUUACAGCUGUAAGAGGAAUGUGCAUUUACGAUUGCAUAUAGCCACCAAAUAAAACUUUUUAAGAAGCAGCAUCGUCUCCUCUCACUUCACCAAGAUUAACACAUGGGUGGAGAGCCGUGCUGAACGCUGAGGACUUCACAUUUUUCUGAGAAAGAAGAAAGAAUGAAGAGCAUGAAACAUCCUGUAAUUCAUCCUUCUCCCAUUUCAUGAAUGGCUCCCACAACUCAUUCCGUGUGGAUAAAACCUCUUCUAAAUACUUCAAUAAAAAGGGAGAUGUGAACACCUCUCAUUCUAAUUUUUAUUGGUAGAAAAUUUUGUAUCUGAACUAAACCAAUUAGGCUGCAUUCAUAAUCCACCUUCUAAUUUUCUCCUCAGCUACUUAUCAUAUUUUUAUUUAAAAAAACUUUAAUAAGCUAACUAUGUCCAAAAAAGCCACCCUUGUCAGGUGCCAUGGUACACACCUGUAAUCCCAGUGGCUUGAAUGGCUGAGGCAGGAGGAUCUCGAGUUCAAAGCCAGCCUCAGCAACUUAGCAAGGCCCUAAGCCCUUGGCCCUGUCUCUAGAUAAAAUAUUUUUAAAAAGUCACCUCCAAAACUCCUUUUCUGUUUCUUUUUCUUUUUUUUUUUUUUUUGGUAUCCUGAUAUCCAUGUUCCCCCUGCACUCAUAUUACUCCUUGAUUCUUUUCUUUUUUUGUUGUUAAUAAAUGUUUUAUUUGAAUUAUAAUUUACAUACCAUAAAUUUUUGCCUUUAAAAGUAUUAAUUUAGUUAAUUUUUUAGUAUAUUCACAGAUUUGUGUGACCACUCUAUCAAGUUCCAGAACCCUAUACUUACUAAUAGUCACUUCCCACCUCUCUCCCCUAACCCCUGGCAAUUGUUAACCUACUUUCUGUCUCAUGGAUUUGCCCAUUCUGGAUAUGUCGUAUGAGUGGAAUCAGACAACCUUGUCUUUUGUAUCUGGCUUCUUAGCAUGCUUUCAAAAUAUAUCCAUGUUAUAACAUUGCUUUGUAUGGCCAAAUAUUAUUUCUUUCUUUUUUUUUUUUUGUACAGACCACAUUUUGUUUAUCCAUUGGUUGUCAUGGUCGUCCAUUGGCUAUUAUGAAUCAUGCUACUGAGAACAUUUGUGUGUAGGUUUUGUGUGGACAUGUGUUUUCAAUUCUAAAAGUAGAUUGGGGGGGGCAUCUUAUGGUAACUGUUUAACAUUUUGUGGAACUGUGGAGACUAUUUUGCAAAACAGAGUACCAUUUUACAUUUCCAUUAGCAAUGUGUGAGAAUUUGGAUUCUUAACUUUUUCCAACUAUUCAAAUUAUUUCCUUAGCUGUACGAUUUGUAACUGAAGAACAAUUCAGAUUAAAAAGAGGGAACCCAAGAUUAUUGAUGCCUCCAAAUAUCUGAAGCAAAAGGCCAGUGAUUUGUGCUCACCUUGUGAUCCUUUAAGCCACUUGUUUUUCUGUCUUACUAAUACAUGAUUUAAGUUUUCUUUUUCCUUUAAAUAUCCCAUGUGUAUCCUUAUAAUUUUUUUCUAAUUUUCUCGAGAAUCUAUCUAAUAAUUUAGGGAGACUUUGCUGUAAGUCUGGUGUUGCUAGCACUGGAGAGAGAGGAAAAGUUCAGGGUCAGUUCUUGCUCUGGAUACCUUCCUACCUUGUUGGAGAGAGAAUAAAUGAAAGAAGGCAUAUGAUUAAAUCAUUGUUCAAAUGAUGAAUAAGGACCUCUGACGACCCACAUCAUCAGAAUC